GAAUGUAUUUCUACUGAAAGCUUUCGAUUCGUGAAUAAUAAGAGGAUUAGUAAUUUUUUUAAUAAUUUCCUAUCGUUAGAUAGACAUGUCUCGUACAUUAGUAAUUAUUCUAGCUGUUAUGACCACGCAGCUGUCACUGGUGUGGUCGGCAACAACCGAAACUGAUCGUCAGAAUUCCAAGCCGCACAUCAUCUACAUAUUAGCUGAUGACUUGGGUUUCCACGACGUGCCGUGGCACAACCCUCUGAUCCGAGCGCCCGCCCUGCAGCGCCUGGUGGACGAAGGCGUGACGCUGGAGCAGAGCUACAUGCUGCCUGUCUGCUCCCCCAGCCGCGCUGCUCUCAUCUCCGGCCGAUACCCGCACAAGAACGGAAUGAAGUCAGCCAACAUCAAGCCUCUGCAGCCAACCGGCCUACCGCUCAACCUGACGCUGCUGCCGGAGAGCCUCAAGAUGCUUGGAUACUCCACACACGCGGUCGGCAAAUGGCAUCUAGGCUUCUGCAAGGAAGAGUACACGCCUAUCAAGCGAGGCUUCGAUUCCUUCUAUGGUUUCUACACGGGAAACCUGGACUACUACGAGCACUCGCAGGGCACCAAGAGAGUCGAUCCAUCUGGAGAAAAAUCCACGGUGAGGAAGGCAUCAGGCCUGGAUUUCCACUCGAACGCCACGGCAAGCAGCGAGGCGGUCGGCAAAUAUUCUACGUUCGAGUUCGUGAAGAAAAUCAAGUCGUUGCUGAGAUCGCGCGACCCUAAAGAUCCGUUGUUCCUGUACGCGGCGUUCCAGAACCCGCACGGUCCCCUACAGGUUCCCAGGCGGUUUUUGGAACUCUACCCACACGAAGCAAACCCUAAAAGGAGGAUUAUUUUGGGCAUGGUAUCAGCGCUCGACCACGCCGUCGGUUCAGUAGUGGCAGCUCUCGAAGAGACCGGCCACUUCCAGAACUCCAUCAUCGUGUUCUCGUCAGAUAAUGGAGCUUCCUGGAACAAGAUGGGGCUGAACUGGCCCCUGAGGGGCAGCAAAGGUUCGCUUUUUGAAGGCGGAACUCGCGUGCCAGCCGUGGUGAGCUCGCUGAGACUAGCGCAGCGAGGAGUUGUCUACACAGGGCUUUUCCACGCGACCGACUGGUAUCCCACACUGCUGAGAGCAGCUGGGGCACCCGCAUCCGCGAGUGAGGGCUUGGACGGCGUCGACCAAUGGGAGGCGCUGAACGGACGCGCACCUCCACCGCGCCAACAAAUGAUCUACCAAAUGACCAACCACAGAGGCCUCAGCACUGCCAUGCGGUACAAGAACUACAAAGUUAUACUGGGUAACUUCAAGGACAAGGGCUGGGGGGUACCACCGGAGUACGAAAACAUCACCGAGGCAACACUCGAGGGCUUCCUCGACUCAGGAGCAGCGAUGAGCAUCGUGCCACCAAGGCCUCGUAUCAACGAUACCGCACCGCGCUAUGUUGACCAGGAGCUCUACUUGUCCAGCUCCACAGACAUGGCAGAUUUUGGGCCCCCAGUAGAAUACGACUACGACGGCACAAAUGACGAAAAGCUGGAGAGUCGCGAUGACAACGCGCGAAGUUUCCCCACGGGCAACACAUCUGUCGAGGACGAAGAUCCUGGUAGACACGCACGCAAGCAAGGAACUAAGGCAGACAAGAAGGAGAGGAAGGCUCAACAUAAGGCCUUCAAGAGGCUCAAACCUACGAAAAUAAAAUUAAAAUCUACACAAAGAGUCGUCGGUAACCGAAAAAAAGACAUCAGCACUUUCCGCAGCGCCAACGAUUUUCUCGUGUCUGGGAUACCCAUUCACCUCUAUAACCUCGCAGACGACCCAUAUGAGCGGCACAACCUGGCAGAGAGAGAGCCUGAGAUACUGGAAGGAAUUCUAGGGCGCCUCGUGCCCGAGUUACGGAAAUAUGUGGAGCCUCACGAACCACCCACGUCCUCUGCCGGGGAUCCAAGUCACUUCAAUGGAGUUUGGUCUUCAGGAUGGUGCUGAGGACCCGUUCUCUGAAGCCGUACUGAGAAUCACACCUCGGAGAUAGUGUCAAUAGCCCAGCUUGUGAAGUGGUACUGAGAACAAGGUCUAC